GGCGAGUGGGGCCGAGGCCGCGUCUGCAUGCGCGGCGCAGCCCCGGCAUAGCCCGGGGCUGCCCGUGCCGGCCUCGCCAUUGUUGGGGGAGGGGGCGGCUGCUGAGAACGGCGGAGUCGCAGGGCGAGCCGAGGAGGUGGCGGCCAGAAGCGGAGGCGCCCCAUGGGGAACACGUUGUCCUGUUGCUUGUCGCCCAAUGCCAGCCCCAAGCUGGGCAGGCGCAAGGGGCCGGUGGAGCCAGACUACGAGUCUGAAGUCUGUGAGGCGGCGGCUGGGGACGCGGUGGCAGUAGCUUCCGCGCCGGCUGCCGUGGAACCAGCUGAGUUGGAUUACGGAGCCGGCGAGGGCCACCACCUGCAGCACAUCAGCGACCGGGAGAUGCCCGAAGACUUAGCUUUUGAAUCGAACCCUUCUGACCACCCAAGGGCAAGCACAAUUUUCCUGAGCAAAUCUCAAACAGAUGUGCGAGAAAAGAGGAAGAGCAACCAUUUGAACCAUGUAUCUCCAGGGCAGCUUACUAAAAAGUAUAGCUCAUGCUCAACAAUAUUUCUAGAUGACAGCACAGUCAGCCAGCCUAAUCUUAGAACCACAAUAAAAUGUGUGACCUUAGCAAUAUAUUACCACAUAAAGAACAGAGAUGCAGAUAGAUCCUUGGAUAUUUUUGAUGAGCGAUCACAUCCACUCACACGAGAAAAGGUUCCUGAGGAAUACUUUAAGCAUGAUCCUGAACACAAAUUCAUUUACAGAUUUGUUCGUACUCUUUUCAGUGCUGCACAGUUAACAGCUGAAUGUGCAAUAGUAACUCUGGUUUACUUAGAAAGGCUUUUAACUUAUGCUGAGAUCGACAUUUGUCCCACUAACUGGAAAAGAAUUGUUUUGGGAGCCAUUCUUCUUGCCUCCAAGGUUUGGGACGAUCAGGCUGUAUGGAAUGUGGACUACUGCCAAAUCCUCAAGGACAUUACAGUUGAGGACAUGAAUGAGAUGGAAAGGCACUUUCUGGAGCUACUUCAGUUUAAUAUUAAUGUUCCUUCCAGUGUUUAUGCCAAAUACUACUUUGACCUUCGCUCCUUAGCAGAUGACAACAACGUGAAUUUUCUGUUUGCUCCUCUUAGCAAAGAAAGAGCACAGAACCUAGAGGCCAUUUCCAGAUUGUGUGAGGAUAAAUACAAAGACUUGUGCAGAGCUGCCAUGAGACGGUCUUUCAGCGCUGAUAAUUUCAUUGGUAUUCAGCGCUCCAACGCCAUCCUCUCUUAAGGGAGAAGUGAGGGGUUGUGACAUCAUCAGCCCCUCAUAACAAGGACUGGAGAAAUAUCACCUCUCCUGCUCAGAAACCAGCAAAGUUAGUAUUUUCACCUGAAAGAAAAAUGUUGAAUUCAAAAGACUCAAGGACAGCGAGGAUUAUGCUCCUAGGAAAGAAUGCAAUGCAUCCCUGUCAAUGCAACACACACUUCUGUCCUUUUUAAUAUAAACAGAGUUACAAAAACCACUCCAAAGCUAAAAGCUCCCAACCAACACACAGGCAUUUGCUUACUGUGUAGGCUGAUAGCUGUGAACUAUGUGGUUUUUUAAUAGUUUAAAUUUUUAGAUUUUAAAAGACACUAACUAUAUAACUUCUAUGUUUUUCCUAUUUUUCUUGCCCCCCUCCCCUAUAUUGCUGCAUAUUCCUUUAGAAUCAAUGCAGUAUUACCAUUGAAACAUGGGACUCCUAACAACUCAUAAAGCCACUUAGAAACAGACUGUUGUAGCAUUGUUAGGUUUUGAAAGAUUAUUCCUCCCUACUGUAUCACUGAAGCUGCUAGUCACUAUUGGCAAUCAGUUUAAACCAAAAAGCUGCUGAAUAACAACAUCAUUCAAAUUCUUUGCAAGCACUACUUAACAUAUAUUAGCCUGUUGGGAAUCAUAAACAGAGAAAGUACGUUAUUACCUACUUCUAUUGGGUCCGUGCUGCAUUUCUUGUGAACUUAUAAUGGUGCUUCUGAUUUUCUGAUGAUUUUUCUCUCUGUUAAAUACUUGUAUUAAAGGGUACAGUACUUAUAUUAUCUUCCAUAAUUCCAACCAACAUGGUGGUCCAGUAGUUAACAAGCGGGUAGUGAAAUAGAAGGUGUCCCAAAAGUCUUAGUGCAAUCCUAAGCUUUAAUAUAGUGUGCUUAGACACUCCAGGACACUGCUACAGAAAUAUAAAUGCUACAGACUGGCAAAACAUCACUUGAUAGUUUACUUUUCAACUUAGUUUUGUAAGUUUUAUUUUUUGUCUUUUUGCCAUUUUCUUGGGCAGUUCCCGCACAUA